AAAAGUUAAAAGUGAAAAAAAAAAAUCACUCCGGCGAAUAUUAUCUCCUUCCCCGGCACCGAUUCCGACGAAUCUAAAUUAAAUGGCGGUGGAUGCUGCGUAUCUGAUGCAGUUCGUGGACGAAACAUCGUUUUACAAUCGGAUUGUUCUGAGUCACCUCUUGCCGUCGACUCUAUGGGAUCCAUUGCCGCAUUUCCUCCAGACAUGGCUCCGGAACUACCUCGCCGGAACCCUACUUUACUUCAUCUCCGGCUUUCUCUGGUGCUUCUACAUCUAUUACCUCAAACUCAACGUUUAUCUCCCCAAAGAUGCUAUUCCGACAAGAAAGGCUAUGCUUUUGCAAAUCUAUGUGGCAAUGAAGGCGAUGCCUUGGUACACUCUGCUUCCAACUGUAUCUGAGUAUAUGAUCGAAAGUGGUUGGACCAAAUGUUACUCAAGAGUAGGCGAAGUCAGCUGGAUCCUCUACUUUGUUUCAAUCGCGACAUAUCUUGUUUUAGUCGAGUUUGGUAUUUAUUGGAUGCACAGAGAGCUUCAUGACAUUAAGCCUCUCUAUAAGUAUCUCCAUGCCACCCAUCAUAUCUACAACAAGCAGAACACACUUUCUCCCUUUGCCGGGCUUGCGUUUCACCCACUAGACGGGAUACUUCAGGCUGUACCGCACGUGGUUGCUUUGUUUAUAGUGCCGAUUCAUUUCACAACCCAUCUAGGUCUUUUGUUCAUGGAAGCGAUAUGGACAGCGAACAUCCAUGACUGCAUCCACGGUAACAUUUGGCCUGUGAUGGGUGCAGGGUACCAUACGAUACACCACACUACUUACAAGCAUAACUAUGGUCACUAUACCAUAUGGAUGGAUUGGAUGUUUGGCUCUCUUAGGGACCCUCUCUUGGAAGAAGUUGACAACAACAAAGACAGUUCCAAUAAAGCAGAGUAAAUGUUUGGUCUUCAAAAUUAAAUGUUGUGGGGGAACUGCCAAUAAAUAUCUCACCGUAUAUAGUUUGCAGCAAGAAAUUUCAAAUUUGGAAAUUUAAAUCCCAAUUCUGGAUGAUGUGGUUAUGUCUAAAAGGACACUUAUUUGUUUGUUGUUAUAGUGUGUUCAUUUGCCAAGUCCGGUUCGUGUAGUCUUGUUAGCCUGUUCUUAAGUAAAGAACGUUGGAUUAUGACCA